UACUGCGCAUGCGUACAAAUCUUCCUGGUUGUUACUGAGGUGAUUGUUGCUCACCAAACCAUAAGCAAACGACAGAACGCAAUGGCGAACUACAAGGCAGCAGAUUCCAAAAGGGAGCAGUUCAGAAGAUACCUGGAGAAGGCUGGUGUCCUGGACACGCUUACUAAAGUAUUGGUUGAACUGUAUGAAGAGCCAGAAAAGCCGAAUAAUGCAUUGGACUUUCUAAAACAGCACAUGGGAGCUGCCGGCCCUGAAACACCAGAUGUAGAGGCUUUACGCUUGGAAAUCGCAGAACUGAAACAAAAGUACGAAGCUGUUCUAGAAGAGAACAAAGAACUGAAAGCAAAGCUUAGUCAGCUUGAACCUCACACAGAUGAAAAACGCCCGGAGUAACAGCCCUGAUUUCUAGCACUGGAUAUGUAAAUAAUGAAUGACCCUAGGAUUUCUUAUUAUAUUUUGGGCACAAAUGUUCAGUUGUUUAUAGUCCUAAAUAAACCACUUGUCUUCUGCAA